GCGUUAUCGGAUGAGUUGACAGCUGACGUAACGCCUCGCUUAAAAGCUACAGCGCAGCGCGUUACCCGCGUCCCACACCGUGCUCGGCUCUGGUGCUCUUAGCAAUUACAGAUUAACGCAGUUUCAGAAGAGUUCAUUUUUCUAUAGUUAUAGCACUCGCGUUCAUUUAAUCGCGCACAGCUGAAUCAUGAGCUAUCACAAACCCGACGAGAAAACUCUGCAGGCCCUGAAAGACAUCGCCAACAAGCUCAGGAUUCACUCCAUCAAGGAAACAUGCGCCUCAAACUCCGGACACCCCACCUCAUGCUGCAGCGCUGCUGAGCUCAUGUCAGUGCUGUUCUUUCACACCAUGCGCUACAAAGCCGAUGAUCCUCGCAACCCCAGCAACGACCGCUUCAUCUUGUCCAAGGGCCAUGCUGCUCCCAUUCUGUAUGCUGCCUGGGCAGAGGCUGGAUUCAUCAAAGAGUCUGAGCUGCUAAACCUGCGCAAGAUCGACUCUGACCUGGAGGGUCACCCUACCCCUAAACUAGCGUUUGUGGAUGUGGCGACAGGUUCUCUUGGCCAGGGUUUGGGUGCUUCCUGCGGUAUGGCGUACACUGGAAAAUACUUUGAUAAAGCUAGCUACCGUGUGUACUGCAUGCUGGGAAAAGACAUUUCUAUUUUAAGUCCUCAUUCUCGUGGUCUGACCUGUGAUCUUUUUUCAGGCAUUGAGGAUCAGGUUAACUGGCAUGGGAAGCCUAUGCCUAAAGACCGUGCGCAAGAGCUGAUUAAGGACCUCCUGAGCCAGAUUCAGUCUCCCAAUAAGCCCCUCCACCCUCACCUGCCUAAUGAGGAUGCUGCUCCAGCUGACCUCACCCCCAUCCACCUGCUCACAGCUCCAGAAUACAAGAUCGGAGAUAAGAUGUCCACCAGGAAGGCCUAUGGUGUUGCCCUGAAGAAGAUGGGGGAUGCCAGCCCACGUGUGGUGGCCAUGGAUGGAGACACCAAGAACUCAACCUUCUCUGAGAUCUUCAAGAAGGCCCAUCCUGAUCGCUUUAUUGAAUGCUUCAUUGCUGAGCAGAACAUGGUGAGUGUGGCCAUUGGUUGUGCCACUCGUGAUCGCACUGUUUCAUUUGCCAGCACUUUUGCUGCCUUCUUUGCUCGUGCCUAUGACCACAUCCGUAUGGCAGCGAUCUCCCAGUCUAAUGUCAACCUGGUUGGCUCACACUGUGGUGUUUCCAUUGGUGAGGAUGGCCCCUCGCAGAUGGCACUGGAGGAUCUCGCAAUGUUCCGCGCUAUCCCAACGUGCACAGUGUUUUACCCUAGUGAUGCAGUAUCUACUGAGAGAGCCGUGGAGCUUGCAGCCAAUAUAAAGGGUAUCUGUUUCAUCCGUACCAGCCGACCUGACAAUGCAGUCAUCUAUGAUGCUGGAGAGAAAUUUGAAGUUGGCAAAGCCAAGGUGGUGCGGCAGUCUGACAAAGAUCAGGUGACCGUCAUUGGAGCUGGAGUAACACUGCAUGAGGCACUGGCAGCACAUGACCAACUGGCCAAAGAAGGUAUGAACAUUCGGAUUAUCGACCCAUUCACCAUAAAACCCCUGGAUGCCUCCACUAUUGUGGCAAGUGCUCGUGCCACAGGAGGAAGGGUGAUCACUGUAGAGGACCACUACAAAGAGGGUGGUCUGGGCGAGGCCGUCCUGUCUGCAGUGGGUGAAGAGCCUGGCAUUGUGGUGCACCGGCUAGCUGUGAGCCAUGUGCCUCAGAGCGGCAAACCGCAGGAGCUUCUGGACAUGUUUGGCAUCAGUGCCAAAUCUAUCGUUACUGCCGUCAAGCAUACUUUCGCCAACUGAAACCGUUUGAACCACCCUGAACUACGCCUUUCCUCUUUCUCCACUUCUAACCCAGACCCUAAAUACAAGCUCGCCACUCAUCCUUAUCAUUCCAGAGGCUCAUGGCUUGAGGAUAUACCUAACUUAGUGUGAAAUACUCAACUUGUGCACUAUAGUCUAUACAGUGUCGCCCAUAGCUCUGAAGUGUUUUCACUUUGCAUCAUCAGUUUUGACUUCUUGAAAGCUUUAAAUGCUGUAUUAAUAGUGUUUUUUAAAGGCUUGGAAGUGUGGAUUAGAUCAGAGUGCAUUGCAGUUUCACUUUUUUGAAUACAAUUAAAACAAUGACCAUUUCACAUUAAGUAAUUUCAUCCUUUCCCUAGCUUUUGACUGUGUGUGCUUCCUGGAAUUAUUACAAGCCAGUAUCAUGAAAAAUAAAUUUUAUAUUAGCCGUGAUGGUGCUUUCAGGGAGUAACCAAGUAUAUCUUUUUUUUUUUUUUUUUUACUGCUGUUGCAUAAGCUACUGGACAACCCAGUUUUGGAAAGUUAGUACAUCAAUGGUUUGGUUUUGGCGACUUGAAGUGUUUCUCAUGUUACUGAGACACCCUCACUGUUGUUGCUUGUGUAAACCUAUAGUUUUCACUGAAUUUGAUGCAAUGUGAUAAUAAAUUUAACUGCCCAUCCAA